AAUAUCCAGAUGAUAAUAAUGCUCAGUUUUGCAUUUUUUCCUCCAGAUGCUCCAGAGUUUCUCUCUGCUAAACUGAUCUCCUCUGGUCAGAUAACUGAGGGGCAAUCAGUGACUCUGAGCUGUAGCAGUGGUGCUAACCCAGCAGCUAACUACACCUGGAGGAAGAACAACAACCAAUCAGUUGUCAGUAAAGACCAACAGUUUGUCCUCAGCUCCAUCCUGUCCUCAGACUCUGGACAGUAUUACUGCACAGCUCAGAACGAGCUGGGAGAGAAAACGUCUGGACCCGUCUCUGUCCAGGUCACAUAUGCUCCCAGGCCUCCCUCUGUGUCAGUGACUCCCUCUGAUGACAUCAUGGAGGGCAGCCUGGUGACUCUGACCUGCAGCAGUGAUGCUAACCCAGAAGCUAACUAUACCUGGUACAAGGAGGGAGAGGAGGCACCAAAAGCUUCAGGACGAAACUUCACCAUCACUAACAUCAUGUUCAAGCAGAGAGGAAAUUAUAGCUGUGAAGCUCAGAACAGCAGAGGGCGCUAUAACUCCACUGUGACUGUGAACGUUGUGGCAAGUCAAUCAAUGUCAACAACGAUCAUCAUCAGGCUGACUCUGUUCAUCGUGAUCUUUCUGCUUGUCCUGAUUAUUUCUUUAAGAACACUGAAAACUAUGAAAAUGAACAGAAAAGUAAUUGAACCAAUAGAAAUGGAGGAGAGAAGGACUAGAGAGAUCACAUAGUGAGUAUUCAUUGAUCUGAACUUCACCAAUCAGCCCAGGAUUACAUGAUGACAUGUUUCUGUUUUUGGUCCAUUGUUGUUAAUCAAUUACUGUAAAUGCAUAAUUA